CGCUAUUCCUUAUCCGGUAGUGUAGAUGCUCAACCAACCAGGGACAAUUUCAUCAGGUCUGAAGUAUAACAAACAAUCUCUUCGACAAGGCUGUGUCUCUUUAGGUUAUGACGCUCCACAGCAUCUUCAGCAAUAUAAAGAGAGACAGGAAUCAUGUCUCUCAGAUUCCAGACAGAAUUCAUUUUCCUAUCCACUCUUCCUCUUCUUGUCACUUCAUCUGUAGCAGUACCACACCUUUUUAUCAUCUAUAAUAACACCUACAGCAACAAUGGGCACUGUUACCUAUCGUGAUGGUAUUGCUAUUCUGCAACUUGUUGUUUACCCCUUCAUCCUCGGCGCUGCAAUCUUUAUAUGGAGCCGGGCUGGCUUGAGGGUUGGAAGCAAGAUCUGGCGAUACCCUGUUACGCUCUCUCUCAUUCGAAUCGCCGGUAGUAUCGCGUCGCUGUUGUCAAUCAACCAUGAUUCCAAAGAUGUCGAGAUUGCCAUUGCAGUAUGCGAGUUGAUUGGCCUCGCACCUCUGUUGUUGACCUAUGUCGGAGUCCUCAGACAAAUUGAUGUCAAUCAAGUGGUGCCCGGCAAAUGGCUCAACAUUGUGUCUAUCGUCGGUAUCAUCGGUCUCAUCAUCGGUAUUGCGGGAGUCAGUACCGCAAGUGACGACGGAGGCAGCUACCAGCCAAGCAACAUCGUCAAAGCAUCCAUGGCUAUUUUUAUCGCUCUAUUCGUGGUCUAUCAUCUGCUAGCCGCUUUCAUGUACCUCCAGAUGGGUCACCUGAAGGCCUUCCAGAAGAAGUUGUUCCUCGCCAUCAUCCUCUCUACUCCUUUCAUCCUCGUCCGCGUUGUCUACGCAGCGAUCGGCGACUUCACCACUAUCGAGCGGUUCUUCAUUAUUAGCACUAAUGGAAGCCCCACCAUCUACCUGGUCAUGGAUGUGCUGGAAGAGAUUGUUGCCAUGGCUAUCACAAUGAUUUUGGGCAUGUCGGCUGUGCUUGAGCCUGACUUUGUGCGCCUGACCCCGGCCCAGUUGGACUCUGAGCCGAAGGCUGAGGUCGCGUAAUGUGUCGAGUUCUGCAGUGAACUGCAGCGACUCUUUUUGUUCUGAGCAUGAUUACGCACGUGUACAUCUUCUUUACCUGUUUUUUGUUUUAAACGCAGCGCGAAAGUGAUACCUGUUGGUUUCUUAUGUGUUGAGAGAGGAUACCUUGUUGAAUCUACAAAUAUAUAAGACGAAAUACAAAUAUAAUUAUAUUUCAGUUAUAUCAUAA